CAGGUCUCAGGCCCCCAGGCGGGGCGGCGGGCACCGAGUCACCAGGCACAACCGUGGGCUCCGAGUCAACUGGGAUGACCGCUGGCACUGGGUCAACAUUGGAUCGUCUGGCUGGACAGCGGGCAUCGGGUCACCAGGCAUCAGGUCAUUUGGCUCGACAGCGGGCACCGCGUCAUCUGGCAAGGCAGUGGGCUCCGAGUCAACUGGUAUUGGAUCGUCUGGCUGGACAGCGGGCACUGGGUCACCAGCAUCAGGUCAUUUGGCUCGACAGCGGGCACCGCGUCAUCUGGCAAGGCAGUGGGCUCCGAGUCAACAGGCACGACAGUGAGCACCGGGUCAUCAGGUACCGGAUUGUCUGGCUCGACAGCGGGCAUCGGGUCACCAGGUAUGACAGCGGGCAAUGGGUCACCAGGCAUCAGGUCAUUUGGCUCGACAGCGGGCACCGGAUCAGGUAACCGGAUCAUCUGGAUCAACAGCGGGCAUCGAGUCAACUGGCCUAAUAGGAUCGUCAGGCUGGAUCAGUUCAUCAUGCUGGGUAGAGGCAUCAGGCUGAAUGCCGGCGU